AUGAUUAAUGGAAGAAUCAACCAGCCAUCUCCUAACUCUCCUCUAUAUGAUCAUUGGCUAAGAUGCAAUGACAUGGUCUUUGCAUGGUUGAGUAAUUCAGUGUCUAGGGAUAUUGCUGACAGUGUUCUUUACUGUGAUACUGCAAGAGAUCUUUGGAAAGAUCUAGAGGAGAGAUAUGGUCAAUCUAAUGCCAGUAGGUACUACCAAAUUCAGAGAGAAAUUGGAGGAGUCUCUCAGGGUUCUCGUGACAUUGCUAGUUAUUACACUAGGUUAAGAAAAUUGUGGGAUGAGUUAAAAACUGCUUCAUUUGGACCAACUUGUACCUGUGGAGCAGAACCACUGUGCAGUGAAGGAUAG